AUGGAGCGUCAUGACCAAGCCGACAAACAGACGACUUUGGAGGGACAGUUAGAGGCAGCGAGCGCCAGGAUCCUGGCCCUGGAGACAGAAAUGCGACAGCAAAGAGCCAGCUCGGAUACUGAGACGCGAAGACUGCGCCAGGAAAACACGAAUCUCUCCGCAACGAACUUGGAGCUUAAAAGGGAGCUAGCCGACAAAAAGCAACAACUGGACGAGGAGCGCCAAAGACACAAGCAACUCAGGGUGUCGACGAGCCAGCAAGUAGCCAUGCUACAAAGCAGUGCCAGCCGGUACCUGGAAAUGACAGCAUCAUGGCUAGAGUCAACAAUAGGCGACCUCCCCGAAGGCGUGUGGCAAUUCUUUUUGCAGACGUACUUUGAGGGGGAUUGUAUCAUUUCUGCGGCCAUAUCGAAGCCGCCCUUCUGGGUCAAGACUCCCUGGGUGUCAGAGCAACCCAAAGCCCUCAUCGCCAGGUCAUUAGCAGAGACAGCAGCCCUACUCUUUCGGUUAUUGCAUCAAAACAAUUGGAGCAUUACCGAGACAGUGACAGCCUUUGACUACCUACACAUCAUUUCUACUCAUAUCAUGCAGGAGGCAGCAGACGCGAGUGGCGUACAUCGCCUCCUCCCAACCCUGGUUCGAAAGUUUCGAAACAGGCUCAGCGGCGAGGCAUUUUGGCACGACUUUGCCAUUUUGCAAUUGAGCCAGCUCGCCAUUUACAUUUCGGGGCCAGCCUAUGAUCGCUCAGUGGUGAAUGUGGGCAUGAUGAUAGGCCCUGAUACGCGUCUCUCCCGAGUCCUGGGUCGAUUGGUGGAAGCUGGGAGUCAGGCAAGUCCCGAGGCAGUGUGGGCUGCUGUAGACAAAAAGUGCUCUGUCAUGAUAGGUGGCUCUGGCGUCUACCGUGAUAGGGACGUUGACGAGUACUGGGUGUUCAUGAGCUUUGAAGACAAGUCUUUGCGAAUCAUCGAGCGAUCCAUGACAGGGCGGGUUCGGGGCACAACUACGUCCUGGGCACAAGUGCCAUCACCCGACAGUGAGAGAUGGGAAGACAUCAUUAUCACGCCCAUCGAUCUCGGCAGGCCAUAUCAUAUUUGGAUCUUCAAGAUAGAGCCAUUAUACAAGGGUGAUACCCAAGCGAUGGCAAAGUGGAUAGAAGGGGAAAUUGAGAAAAUGCCAGAGGAGGAGCAGAAGCGGUUUAGAGAGAAACAGAGAGAGACUCGGCUUUUACUGCGCGAAAUUCAUGCCAAACAGGCAGAAAGGGGCAUGUAA